AUGCCCCUCCCUCUGUUAGGCCCCUCGCGCCCUCUUCCUGGACCUCGCGCAGCCGCUCGCGCAGCCGCUUCCCGUCUUCCCCCUCCAUCAGGCUCUUCACUACUUGCGCCACCUCCCCCCUUCCCACGAUGCCGUCCUCUCCAGCGCGCGGCCGCAGCGCCACCUUCACAUCCUCCACCAGCAGGACGGCGUUCAUCUUCUGCUCGGCGUAGAGGGGCCACGCGAUCAUCGGCACGCCGUGGACGACGCUCUCCAGCGAUGAGUUCCAGCCGCAGUGCGUGAGGAACCCGCCCGUGGACUCGUGCCGGAGGAUCUUCACCUGCGGCGCCCACGACGACACCACCAGUCCCAACCUCUUGGUCCUCUCGACGAAACCCUCGGGCAAGAAGGCGAACGGGUCGUUCGAGCUGUGGACGCUGAAGAAGGCGGAGUCUGCCCUUUUCUCGCGGGGACUGCGCACAACCCAGAGGAACCGCUCCCCGCUCGCCUCCAGCCCCAGCGCCAGCUCCGUCAGCUGCUCCAGCGGCAGGGUCCCCCCGCUGCCGAAGGACACGAACAGCACCGAUCCGCGCGGCUGCUCGUCAAGCCACGCCACGCAGCCGGAUGAGUCUCUAUCCGAUUCCUCACCUCCGUUCCGCACGAUCGGGCCGACAGGGUAGAUCGUGGGAUUUCCGGGAUCCGCCGUGAGGGCCCUAAUGGCCCCUCCUUCCAGGCCCUCGAAGCUGUUGAGGAAUAUUCCGGCGGCCAGCCGAUACCGGCUGCUUUGCCUCAGGAGCCAGGUGUAG